AGUGAGGUAAACUUGUAAGACGCUAAUUUGAUUUGGUAGGAAACUGGAAAAGUAUGGAGGGUUCGUUUGGUACAAAAAUUUAGGUGAAAUAUUCUAGGAUUAAGUUUGAGAUAAAGAUUUACACUACAUCUGUUAAAUAGAGACUCAUAGAGUAGAAGGUUUAUCCUAAAAAAUUUAAACUGUCUAUCAAAUAUUGUAUAUACCUUAUCUUAGCCGUAAUUUUGAAUAUUUCAAAAAUUCAAACUAUCUACCAAAUUACCAAAUAUUGUAUAUAUCUUUAUCUCAAACUGAAUCUUGAAUAUCUCAAAAAUUUAAACGUCUAUAUCUUAUAUCAGGUUUAAUCUCGGAUAUCCCACCUUAUCCCAUCCAGUUUCGAAAUUAAUUUGGGGAUAAUAAUAGCAAGACUAUAAUUUUGGAAUAAUUAAGUAGGCGUACGAAACGAUCCCUUAGAAUUUUGCUGUUAGAGAAAUGACCCGUUUAUUCAUUCGGAUCCGGGUAUAGCCGAGCUGGAUCCAACAAGUUCGACCCGUUUGAUAUUGAAUAGGCAACUUCACAAGUCACAAUUCUCUGCUUUUUUAUUGGAAGUAGGUAAGAGAAAAUCGAUAAUGGCGAGGAGGCGAUUGUUGCUGUUGUUAAAGCCCUUCGAUGUGUUACCAACACACCAAUCAGAUAACAUUUCUCAAUUCAGAAACCCGAAGUUAUUGCAGGUAUUAAAAUAUCUAGACAAUAGAUGUCUGGUUCACAAAGAGGCUAUAAACUUCUGUCAGACCAUUUUGAGGAAAAAGUUUGUCGACUGGGAAUCUGUUUAUCGUUUUAAUCUAUGUCGGCCGAUCCACGAUGUAGAUUUGGUAGUAACUAUAGGAGGAGAUGGUACAUUACUGCAGGCAAGCCAUUUUAUGGACGACUCCAUUCCUGUUCUAGGAGUAAAUUCUGACCCAACUCAAGCAGAAGAGGUUGAAGAAUACAAUGAAGAAUUUGACGCUACAAGGAGUACAGGAUAUCUUUGUGCGGCAACUGUCAAGAACUUUGAACAAAUAAUAGAUGAUAUCCUUGAAAAUCGUUCCAGACCUUCUGAAGUCUCAAGGAUGUCGAUCACACUCAACUCAAAGCAACUUCCGACUUAUGCAUUAAAUGAUGUUUUGAUUGCCCAUCCUUGCCCUGCUACAGUUUCUCGAUUCUCAUUCAGUAUAAAGAAAGAGGGCGAGUCUUGUUCUUCUCUGGUGCAUUGCAGAUCAAGUGGACAUAGAGUAUCAACAGCUGCUGGAUCAACAGCUGCAAUGCUUUCAGCAGGUGGAUUUGUGAUGCCAAUUUUAUCUCAAGAUCUCCAGUAUAUAGUGAGAGAACCCAUUGCUCCUGGAGCUUAUAAUAGCCUGAUGCACGGUACUGUGAAGCCUGACGAGUUGAUGGAGAUUGCAUGGUAUUGCAAAGAAGGGCUGAUUUAUAUCGAUGGCUCUCAUCUUACCCACUCUGUUCAACAUGGGGAUGUCAUUGAACUCUCUUCCAAAGCUCCAAAAUUGAAAGUUUUCUUGCCACCCCACUUGAUAUCGUGAAGAGCACAUAGCAGAAUAGAGUUACUUGUAAAUUUGUUGACACGAAGGUGUAAGGGUUGAGCAGAUUCUCCAUUUUAACUCUGGCAACCUUUUCGUGUUUGGGCAUAAUGCUCGAUGCUGGUAGUUUUACAUUUUCUUAGCUCAAAGGCUGCAGGGAAGAAGGUUAUGCCCUAGGCUUUUGCUUCCUAGACGUCCAACAAUACUUGUCCACUAUUAACUUGACACGUACAUUUAAGAAACAACAUAUAACAGUGUAAUUUUACCAUAUCAUCCCUUGAAUAUAAUAGAUCUAAUACUUUAGGAAA